AUGCAUUCGCUCAACGUACUACUUCUUUGCUUCACAACCCUCUUUAUCUCAAUCGAAGCAAGACGACGAUAUGGGUCAGAGUACAGUCAGAUGCUCACAGGCAAGCACAAAGGAGCAAAAACAGUGAAAUGGAAAAAUGUAGCUGAAAACCCAACAAAACGUAAGAGAAAUUAUGAUUCAUCCUUGAUCGGUGGCAUUGACACCCUUCUCAAUAUACAAGCAGGAGUCCAAACAUUAACGUCUGCUGGCAUUGAAUUCGUUGAUUAUCAUGACAUCGAUUGCACAGAAGCUGGAGCAAGAUGCAUUCAAAGGCACACCGAAGGAGUGGAACAACAAACCGUUUCGGUGGAAGCCUUGAUCGACACAAGCGUCGAGUGCGAUGUCAACUUCGAAUCAGGCGAUGACUACUCAAACCAGAACAGAUUCCUACAAUGCAUCACCUUCCAAUCAACCAAGAUUCGAGUUUCAUGUCAACGUCCUUCAAAUGCUUACGUUGAAGUUGAUUUCCAAGUAUCUUCAAGCAGCUUCCAAGCUGAAAACGGAGCAAGUGCACGUUUCAUCUUUGGCGGUAUUCCAACAGGAGAAUGGCAAACACAAGGUGAUUAUCAAGGCACAUCUGCUAUUGUCGAAGUGUAUUGUCCUUAA